AUGUCACCAUCCGCAUCUGCACUCCCUCCUCUCAUUGAUCUCUCAAUUGGAGAGAUGAUGCCCACACCCCUGAAAUUUGAGGAUGCCUCUGCCAUUGAGGGCCUCCUGUUUGACGAAAUUGUGGACCUGGGUGAGCCAGGCAACCUGGUCCCAAAAUAUGAUUCUUCCAAUGACAUGGAUGUUGAGGUGAAGGUUGAAGCAUCUUCUGAGGAGGUUGACAUGGCUACAUAA